AUGAUAAAAUCAGAAACAUUACAUGAUUUAAAUCCCAUUGGAAAUUUAAAUGAUUUAUUAUCACAAUUAUUAACAAUUUCUGAAGAAAAUCUUGAUGAUAAUGCACAAACUAAAAAAAAUCAAUUACAUUGCCAUCGUAUGAAACAAGCAUUAUUUGAUGUUCUUUGUGAAUUAAAAGAGAAGACAGCAUUGACAAUUAAAAGUGCUGUUGAUGAUACACCAGAUGAUCCACAAUUGAUGCGCCUUGAUAAUAUGCUUGUUGCUGAGGGUGUAGCAGGACCAGAUAAAGGAAAUGCUCUUGGUGUUGAGGGUAUUGGUGGUGAUCAGGCUGAUUAUAGGCAAAAAUUAGGACAAAUUAGAAUGGUAUAUAAUCAGGAAUUAAGAAAAUAUGAAGAAGCAUGUCAAGAAUUUACACAACAUGUUGUUUCAUUAUUAAGAGAACAAAGUAGAACAAGGCCAAUUGGGACAAAAGAAAUAGAUAGAAUGGUAACUAUAAUACAAAAAAAAUUUUCCGGUAUUCAGGUACAAUUAAAACAAUCAACCUGUGAAGCUGUAAUGAUUUUAAGAUCAAGAUUUUUGGAUGCUAGAAGGAAAAGGAGAAAUUUUUCUAAACAAGCUACAGAAGUUCUUAAUGAAUAUUUUUAUUCACAUUUAUCUAAUCCUUAUCCAAGUGAGGAAGCUAAAGAAGAAUUGGCUAGGCAAUGUCAAAUAACAGUAUCACAAGUUUCUAAUUGGUUUGGUAAUAAAAGAAUACGAUAUAAAAAAAAUAUUGCUAAAGCAUCGGAGGAAGCCAAUUUAUAUGCAGCAAAAAAAGCUGCUGCCUCCCAGGCAUCACAAUAUGGAAUGUUGGCAAAUCCUUCUGCAGCAGCUGCUGUAGCUGCAUCCUCAAUACUUAAUCCUUAUGGAGCUAUGUUACCUGGACAAGAUCUUCAUCAUAUGGGAACACCUUUUGAUAUGACUGGUGGUUAUGGUAAUCCAAUGUUAGGGUAUGGAAUACCUCAAAAUCCCGGACAGCAAUAA